AGUCAAACCAAUAACGAAGUUACAUUGACACCACGUCAAGGGUUUCACCUAGAGGACAAAAAAAAAAAUAAUAAUUUAUUUCUUUUUUUAACGAGUGUUACCUCGGUCAUGUUCAAGAUUUAUUAUGAUUUUAAAUUCAGUUAAUUAUUUAGUAAUCAUAGCAAUUUAUGGAUUAAUUAUUGUGAAUUGUGAUUUAAUAAGAAAUGAGGAUAUUUGUGGUCAACAUAAUGGACGUCGUUUGUAUUUGGAAUUUGGUGAUAAGGGUAUAUUGUAUGCAAGAAAUAUAACAUUUAUUAAAAAUAUAAAAGAUAAUGGUAAAAAAAUAUACGUUAGCAAUAGUUCACACGAUAAAUGCAGCUUGGAAAUCGUGACUUGUCCAUCAUGUGCAAUUGUCGUGACCUUCAAGAGUUUGUCCUUGCCACAUUCUUGUGAUGAUGUUGGAAUGAUGAUGGACAGUCCUUGCAGAUGUGAUUAUGUAUGGAUCUCUGAGCCUCCAUAUGAAGAUCUAUCUGGUGCACCAUACUGUGGAUUAUAUUCACCAGUAAUAUACAAAACAAGCACGAGAACUGUAUCAAUAACUCUUUUAUAUUCAAAAUCUCACAGCCAUGCAUUCACCAUUGAAUACACAUCAGAAAGAAAUAGAUUACAUCUAAAUGGUACAAAUAAUUUGAUAACAAAUAGUGUCAAUGAAACAUCUGGAGGAAUAUUAAAUUCACCAUUUUUUCCAUCAAGUUAUCCGAGAGAUUUGGGAAUGGAAUAUAUCAUAACAUGUCCCUUGCUAAUAUCACCAUGUAAAAUUAGAGUUUUAUUUAGUGAUUUUCAACUUGCAAGUGUCUCAAUUAUUGAGUUUUAUGAUUGGAAUGGACAACGUCUGGAUGUUAGUUCAGGUGCUAGAUUUCGUCCACCAAUAAUUGUCAGUUCAGGACCAUCAUUGUUGAUACGUUUUUAUGCGAAUGGAGGAAGUGGUCUUGGUUACAAGGCAUUUUAUUCAUAUGUUAUUGGAAAUUUUUAUGAUAAAACAAUACAGCCAAUAACUGAUUGUGGUGGCUAUGUUGAAAAUUUAGGUGGUGCAAUAACAAUGAUGAAUAUGGCUGUUGAAGAUACAAAAACAUUUGAUUGUGUAUGGUUAAUUCGUCCACCAAAAAAUUUUUUACACAUGAAAACACAUAUGUAUCUAAAGGUCGUGACAUUUGCUGAGAUGGCUGGAAAUACUGAGUUGAUUGUAAGAGAAGGACCAACUUCUGUUCUUUUACCACUUGAAAUUAUAAGACAUCCAGCUAGUCAAGUACAACCACCGAAAAUGAAAGAACAUAUUGCACCAGUUGCUAAUGGUUUUCAUGUGAGUUUGAGAGGUACUUUUGGAGCAACUUCCAGGGUCGCUAUUGCCUACACUACUUUUGGAUAUAUUGAUUGCUUUUCCGGUUCUGAUUUUUUGUGUCAAAAUCACAGAUGUAUACCGAGCCAAUUAAAUUGCGAUGGUUUUGAUCAUUGUGGUGAUAAUAGUGAUGAGCCAACAACCUGUUUUCAUUGGGAUGUUGAGCCAAAAAAUAGAUGGCACAUGAAUAAAGCAAAUUAUUAUUUUCCAAAAAUUGAUCGUUAUCCAGAUUUACAAACAGCAACACUUGUUUUUGUUGCCAGUAGCAUUGGUUUAAUUAUUUUGAUAUCAGCAUUAAUUGUUUUGUUGUAUCGUAUGGGUGCCAGAGCCAGGCAACAACGCGAAUUACAAUCACGUUUACAAACGAUAAGUCAAUUAUUAGAUGGUGCAAGAAUUGAUGAAACACCACCUACAGAUGAUCCACCAGUCUAUGAAGCACCACCAGGUUACGAUGAAGUUGUAAAAACUCAACAUCAGCAUGAAAGUUUUUGGAAAAAAAUUAAAAUAAACCCACGUAUUGAAACAAGAUGUUAUCAAACUCAACAAAGAUCACGAGACAGUGAGGUGCCAGGGAGUUUACGAAUUUUUAAUGGUGAAAGUAGUAGUAGGAAUCAAGAGUCACCAGCAUUUUCGGCAAAUAUUGUGACAAGUGUACCAGAAAGUCAAAGUCCACCACCUCCUUAUGCCACACCACCAGAAACAAUUGGAUCAUCAAAUAGUUUUAUCAAAAAAGCUGCAACAUACAAUAAUGGUUCUGUGCCAAAAAAUUUUCAAACAAAUCGCGUAAGAAAAUUAUGGCGACGUCAAUAUUCAUAUCCUGGCUCAAAUGAAAUAACAAGUAUACGUCCAAGUACAUCAAUUGAUCCAGAAUUAAUUGGUGUGUAUAAAAAUAUAAAUUCAACAAAUAAAAAUCCAUCAGCUAAUUUUUCUUCACAGCUUGUGAAUUUGAAGAAUGCUGGACAAAAUAUGAAUCAAGAAUACAAAGAAGACUCAAAAGAUUACGAACAAAAACAAGUAGAAAAUAUCAUUAAAUUAUUCAAUGAAAAAUCGCUUUGUAAAUGUGAAGGUGCAUGUGGUUGUGCAAUUGAUAAUACAAUCAAAAAAGAUAAUGAAAUUAAUAAUACUAAAAAAAAUAUAUUGAAACUACUUGGUACUGGUAAAAUACAAUCGCAAAAUUUUAAUUUAACAUCAACAACAGUACAGUCAAUAUUACCGUUAUCAUCAGUUGUUGAAAAAAUAUAUGAUAUUAAAAAAUCAACUGGUUAUUUUAGAGAUAAUUAUUUGACACCAUUGUCAAUUGUUAGUUCAUGCUGUUCUCCAGUGAGCUCUAACUGUUCAAAUAGCCUUGAAAUAAUAUCUCUAAAUACAGUUGAUUCAAUUGCUCCAAAUUUUACAGGAAAAAUUAAAACAUUUACAAGCUGUGAUGCUGAUAGUUUACGUAAAAAUAUACAAGCACUUGAUGCAUUUUUAGAAAGACGAGAAAUUGUUGUUAGUAGUAAUAAUAAUCAAACGAGAAGAAGUCAGUCAAUUGCUGAAAUGAUAUUUGGAUCUUUUGAUAACUCAAAUGGAAGAAUCAAUGGAACAAAUCAAACUGGAUUUUUUAAUUUUGUGAGGGGAUGGAGAUCGAGCGAUGUUUAAUCAUUUAAAUAAAAUAAUAUGUGCUAAAUUACAUGAAAAAAUUAAACAACAAACGACUAAUUAAAUUCAAAAAAAAAAAAUAGAAAAAAUUUUGAUUAUUUUUACAUGAUUUCGCUGUAUAAAUAUUUGAAAAUCAAUUGAUUUAUUUUUUUAAAAUUUAUUUCUUUGUCAUUCAAGUUGUCGCGAAUUUAUUUCGAAAAAAUUAUUUAUUUCUUUUCAAUGAAUCGAAAUGAAAUGACGUAUUUAAAAUAAACCAAAAUGGAUUUUCAAUAAUUUAUUAAAACAAUGAAAAAUAUAUAUCAAAAAUUAAUUUGAAUAAUUAUUUAUAAUUUCGAUUGAAAUUUCAUUUAAAAAAUAAGGUGUGUUUUAUUAAUUUUAUUAUUUAUAAUAUUUCCCGGAAAUCCUUGAUGUUUAUUUAUUGUUAUUAAACAAUAGAUGUAAAUUUUUAUUUUUCAUUUAUUCUUAAUCAUCUUGAUGUUUUAAACAUUAAUCAUAAACUUGUUAGAAACGACAAAUUAUAAUAUUAUUUAUACACAAGUGAAUAAUCAUUUGAUAAAUUAAUUUCUACCAUUAGUUGAUGCUUAGAAAAAAAAAUAUUGUAAAAUUAAAAUAAUAAAGACAAUAAUUGAUGAAAA